AUGAAUGCAACUGGUACUGUGGCUUCGUUGUCUGGAUUGAACAGUUCAAGGGAAUCGUCGAUUACAGUGGCUGUUAGGGUUAGACCAUUUACUCCUGGUGAAGAAAACAAUCUUGUAAAGUCAAAUAAUGAAGAAUUUUUUCUAGGAGAUGGAUCAUUGAGUACCAAUAACGCUGCAACUGAUACCCCAUCGAAGAAGUCUAAUUUGAUGCCCAGAGGUAUACGAAAAAUCAUAAAUGUUGUGGAUGAUAGAAUGUUGAUAUUUGAUCCACCGGAGACCAACCCAUUAAUACAGAUGCAGAGAAAUGCGUUCCCUAAUACCAAGGCCACUUCUAGGAUACGAGAACAUCGGUUUGUGUUUGACAAGUUAUUUGAUAUACAUGCAACGCAAGAAGACGUGUAUAACAACACUACUAGGCCCUUAUUAGAUAGUGUUUUGGAUGGCUUCAAUGCGACCGUAUUUGCGUAUGGCGCAACUGGUUGUGGUAAGACACAUACAAUUCUGGGCACACCUCUUGAUCCAGGGGUAAUCUUUUUGACAAUGAAGGAAUUGUACGAGAAAAUCGAGGCCCUAGCUGAUACUAAACUUUUUGAUGUUAGCAUGUCCUUUUUAGAGAUUUAUAAUGAGACGAUACGAGAUUUGCUCAAUCCAGAAACAAACUUCAAGCGACUUGUUUUACGAGAGGAUGCAAAUAAAAAAAUAUCUGUUUCCAAUUUACUGUCACAUAAACCAAAAUCUGUUGAAGAGGUUAUGGAUUUGAUACUUGUUGGUAACCAAAAUAGAACAAGUUCACCUACAGAAGCAAAUGCUACUUCGUCAAGAUCUCAUGCCGUACUUCAAAUCAAUGUAAUUCAAAGGAAUAGAACUGCGGAUAUAAGUGAAGAGCAUACUUAUGCUACUUUAUCAAUCAUUGACUUAGCUGGGAGUGAAAGAGCGGCUGCCACUAAGAAUCGAGGAGCGAGAUUGAAUGAAGGUGCAAAUAUCAAUAAAUCUUUGUUAGCAUUGGGCAACUGUAUAAAUGCAUUAUGUGAUCCGAGAAGAAGGAAUCAUGUUCCCUAUAGGGACUCCAAACUUACUAGAUUACUAAAAUUUUCAUUGGGUGGAAACUGCAAAACGGUGAUGAUUGUUUGUGUGUCUCCUCUGUCUCAGCAUUAUGAUGAAACACUAAAUACUUUGAAAUACGCAGAUCGAGCGAAGGAAAUCAAAACAAAACUUAUAAGAAAUCAACACAACCUUGAUAGACAUGUUGGCUCUUAUUUGAAAAUGAUUACUCAACAAAAACAAGAAAUCGAAGAUUUAAGAGCCAGGGAACUAAAAGUGGUUGAGCUGACUAUUGCAAAGCAAAAUAUAUUGAGCCAGAAAUGUCAUAAUGUUACCAUGGAUAAUAUAAGUAACUUGAAAGCAUCUUUAGCGAAGCAACAUCAAGAGAAAUGGAAGAAGUAUUUCUUUUUGGCUAAGAGGAAGUUAUUAUUAAUUCAAAAGCUCGAAAUGGAAGCCUUGGUAAAAUAUCUCCACAAAAUAGCCAAGGGCGGAAACAUCAACGGCUUCAAAAACAUUGUCAACUUGUCAGAACAAUUGAUUUCCAAAAUAACCACUGGCAUAUCUGACCUAGAGACCCAAUAUUCCCGACCCAAUGAAAUUGAUUAUAUUUUUAAUGAAUCCACGCUACAAAUGUUGAAGAAACUAAAAGAACAAGAGGGUUGGUCGAAUCAUAAUACUGUAGUGUUUGAUUCGUUAGUGGCAUGCCUAAGAGACUCGCUAGAAAGAGAAAUUUUAUUCAAUUCAUCUAUUUUGUUCGAUCACCUUGUCCACGAAAUACGAGGAUUUGAUUUUUUUCCUAAAAGUUUCAUAGACAUGUUGGCAGCUUAUUCCCACUCCGAAAAGGAAAAUAUUCAUGAAUAUACCACGGCCAGUGUGUCAAACGCAAUAAAUGGUCUUACUAAAACUUUAGAGGAAAUACUUGAUGGUGAGUAUGAUACUGUAAUUGAAAAUGUUACUUCGUCAUUCAUGCAAAGAAAAUUAAAAGAGCAAGAAAUGCAAGCAAAUAAAGUUAAUAACCAUACUCUUGAUCCAUCUAUAGCCAUGCCGAAACCUAGGGAUUGCAAACGAGGUUCCAAUUCACCCUUAAAAUCUUCUCCUCCGAGAGAUUUCAAGAAAUCUAUAACCAAGAAGAACGGAUCGAGUAUUUCACCAGCCAUGCUACAAAAGCAAGGUAAGAAAGUUCGUUGGGAUGUUCCUAAUCAAGAUUCAACGUUGGCUGAGAGUGAUGUAAGCAUAGACGAACAAAAUACCAUCCUCAAGAGUGAUUAUGACGAUGACUCGCCUAUAGGAAACAAUAUCAUUGAUAAGACAAAUAUGAUAGAUGAUUUGGACCUAAAAUUUGAUCCGACUCUUGAUUCACCCCCAUUGGCCCAACUACUCAAAGAUAACAUGAAUCGAAGUCUAAUGGCAGAUUUGAGCAAGGGUAGGAACAAACAUCGCAAAUUCCAGCCGCUAACCAAUCGUAAGUUAUCCGCGAAUGAAAAUAGCGAACCGUUAACCAAGCUCCCACUAUUAAAUAAACAGGCGAGCACCAAGAUAACCAAUUCAAUGCAAUCGGCUACGCCGAAUGAGAUGUCCGAAUCAACCCCAAACUAUCUUUCUGGGACUCAAACAAACACUAAGUUUAAAAUGAACUCGUUGGGGGCCCCAUCUAGAGUGAUCAAUAGAUAUAACACCUAUGUGGACGACGAGGAUUCUAGAGAUAUAGAGAGCAAUGGAUCGGAGAAAGUCGAGUAG